ACCUCCUUCACUCUGUUUCUUCACCGAUUUUUCUCAUUUCUUUUCAAUUUGUCUCCUCAUCAAUCAAUAUUAUCUCUGAAAAUGUCAGAUGCGCUUGUUUCCGCUGUCUUGCAGCAGCUAACAACAAUCAUUUAUGAAGAGGUAGAACAAGAGGUGAAACUGUUGACUGGUAUGGGGAAAGAAAUCAAGAGGCUCAAAGGCAAUCUCGAGUCCAUCCAUGCUUUGCUUGAUGAUGCUGAGGAAAGGCAGAUGAAGGAGAGAAGCAUCAAGAUUUGGUUAGAAAGCCUCAAAGAAGUAUGUUAUGACAUGGAGGACGUGUUGGAUGAGUGGAACACUGCGCUCUUGAAGUUGCAAUUAGAUGAAUCAGAUCAGAAAAACUUCUCAUUUUUCAAGGGAAAGGUAUGUUGUCCCUUCUUUUCAUGUCUUUGUUGUGGUCAAGUUGGUCAUCGCUGUGGCAUUGCUCUGAAAAUAAAGGACAUCAAUGAAAGAUUAGAUGGGAUUGCUAAGAAUAAAGAUAAUUAUCACUUGACACCAAGGGAUGUUAGACAGCCUAGAAGAGUAGAAAGUACAUCUUUUACUGAGGUGUCAAACUUGCAUGGUCGAGAUGAGGAUAAGAAAAACUUAAUAGACAGUUUGUUGUGUGGUAACAGUGAUGAAGGAGAGAGUGGUGUCAAAACCAUCUCAAUUGUAGGAAUGGGUGGGAUUGGAAAAACAGCUCUUGCUCAACUUGUAUAUAAUGAUGGGGCAUUUAUGGCCCAUUUUGAUGAGAAAAUAUGGGUCUGCGUUACGGAAGUUUUUGAUUUGAGCUGUGUUGCGAAAGCAAUUUUUAUGGCUCUUGAAAUUCCCAAUAAUGCUUCAAAUAUAGAUCCUGAUUCGGCUCCACUGCAAAAACUUCUGGAAGAAAUUUGCAAAUUUAUUGAGGGGAAGAAGUUUUUUCUUGUUCUGGAUGAUGUGUGGAAUGAUGGAAGUGAAUCUUGGGAAUCAUUGAAUCAAGCUUUCAAACCUGCUGCACCUGGAAGUAGGAUUUUGGUGACUACAAGAAAGGAUACAGUCGCAAAAACCAUGAAAUCCUUCCGUGUCUUUCCUCUAGAACAAUUGAGUGAAGAUGUAUGUUGGAAAAUACUUGGCCAAGAAGCCUUUGUUGGAAGGGGUGAGGAGCAAUGUAAAAAUUUAGAGGACAUUGGAAAAAGAAUUGCACAAAAAUGCGGUGGAUUGCCACUGGCUGCAAAAACUAUAGGAAGCAUGCUACGUUUCAAGAAAACAAGAGAAGAGUGGGCAAUUAUCUUGAGCAGUGAGAUAUGGAAAUUAAAAUUAGAAGGUAUUUUUGCUCCUUUGUUGCUGAGUUAUUUAGAUUUACCCUCAGCAGUAAGACGGUGCUUUUCGUACUGCUCUACCUUCCGUAAAGGUGUUAAGAUUGGAAGAGAGAGCCUGAUUCGUCAAUGGAUGGCACAGGGUUAUUUAAAUUCUAGUGAGAAUGCUGAGAUGGAGAUUAUUGGGGAUGAGUACUUUGAGUGCUUGGUGGCACGGUCUUUCUUUCAAGAUUUCCAAAUACUUGAAGAUGGUAGCAUAUGGACAUUUAAGAUUCAUGACAUAGUUCUUGACUUUGCUCGUUUCCUUAUGGGAGAUGAAUUUGUUUUGAAAGAGGUUCAUCCUGAAGAUAAUUUAAGAAUAGAGCUUUCUUCAGAGAAAACUCACCAUCUGUCGGUAAUACUGGCAGAAAAUGCAUGCUUUCCUACUUCACUUGUUGGUGCAGAAAAAUUGCGGAGCUUAUCCAUCUUCAAAAGUGAUUAUGCAGAAGAAGGAUUUCCUGAAGAAUUAGGCAAAUUGAUGCAUCUGAAACUGCUUGAUUUGUCUGGUAGUAGGUUAAAAAUAUUGCCUAAAGCAAUAUGCCGAUUAUGUAAUUUGCAAUCCUUGCUUCUACAAAGAUGUUUUCUUCUGGAGAGAUUGCCGGGUAAGAUAGGGAAAUUGGUCAACUUGAGGUAUCUUAUAACAACUGGUAGUUAUGCUUUAACUUACUAUCCCAAAGGAAUAGGGAGGUUAACUUCACUUAGAAAGUUGCUGGGGAUUGUGGUUUGCUGUGAUCACAAUGAUGAUAAAAAAUUUAGCUUGGGGGAUUUGGAAAACUUGUGCCACCUUCGUUUUCUGGGAUUAAGAGUUCAAGGCCGUCAGAUUGAUACUAAUGAGGCCAGACGUGCGAGGCUGCAAAGUAAGAUGUAUCUUAAGGAUUUAAAUUUAGAUGGUCCGUGGGACUCCGAAAUCGAGAAAGACGAGGUUUUCGAAGUCUUAAGCCCACCUUCGCACACAGACGUGACAUUUGGUGGGAACAGGAUCAGGCCAGGUGCACCACCAUCAUCUACAGGAUCUCUUUAUGACUGAUCUUAUAGCUGGUGAAGGAGGUACUUCUGGUGGUGAAGCCGUCUAAAAUGUUGUGUAUGUGUGUUUUUUCCUAAACAAGUAACAAGUCUUGUGUGUUCUACAGCUGUUGAUCAAAUUACCCUCAUUGUAUGUAUUUUCCAUGUUUCUUUGGUGAAUCAUUGAACAAUUCAGAACUUACAAUCUUGUCAUUGAUACUUUCUGAUCACAUUCCUAUAAUUUCUUUCUUUGGAAAACCUGUUGUUGAUAAAUAAAAGAUAAAUGACAAC